AUGGGUAGCUGGCGCCUUGAUACACGAGGGCAAUUCUUCCUCGUCUCUGUCAUGUGCGGUGCGCCAAGAACCGCGGCGUGGCAAGCAUCACCUCCUUCCUCGCCAGCGACAGACGAGUCCAUCAUGCCACCAGAUCGAUCACGCACCGCCAACUCCCAAGGCAGACAGAAGUCAUGCUCAGAAUGCGCAAAGGCAAAACGGAAAUGUGGUCUCGAGCAGCCUCACUGCGCACGAUGCGCCAGGCAGCACUUAUCAUGCGUCUACCCUCCGCAGCCUCGGUCGCAGGCCCCAAUUCCACAGGCCAGCACAUCUGCGACUCCUCCUUACUUGAGCCCAUCCAAUGCGCCAAUGGAGAUGCUAGAAAUAGAUGAUGGCGGUCUUGCUUUCGACUUCGACCUGCCUGCAAUGCCAGCCGACUCCACCGCAGACAUCUUAGACUUUGACUUUUGUACCGCGACAAGUUCUCUCGACGCGCUUACAGACAUGCUGAACACGCCAGCUCCUCAGGAAAAUCAAGGGACCUUACAAAAGUCUUUUAUCCCCUUGAAACAGCCCUUCUCAUCGAGACACCUGUCGCCUUUCGCAAAGUCUAGAGUGGAAUACUCAAUUGAGCUCGUCAAACUCGCGCCAAAGAUGAUGGUCGAGCAAUGUUGCACACCAUGGGCUCAUCCUUUGCUUUACGAAGACCAUAUGCCAAGAUCACUACAAGAUGCACACGCUGCAUGUGCCCUUUACAUUACGAUGAACGAUAACAAUGCUGAGCACGUCGCACGGUUCAUCACGAGUCGCGCAGAAGAACUCAUAACCACUGCUAUACCAACUACACCCAUUGAGAUACUAGCUCGUACACAGGCUCUGAUGUUGUACGAGAUCAUGCUCAUCUUUGGGGGCGACAUACGACUAUACGCCCGAGCCGACGCCCUGAUACCGCAUCUUGAAGAUGUCGGCGUCGUCCUUCUACCCAUCGCAGCAGAAGAUCCCGAGCUUCCAGCAACUCUUCCACUCUAUCCCAGUACAGCCGCUCGCUCAGCCUGGAAAUCGUACAUCUUCCGCGAGUCAGCCAGACGCACGGCCUUGGUAGCUUUUCACAUUACCGUCAUAUACACUCUGUUGAGCGGGCAGAUGAGAUCUUGCGCUAAAGAGCUUUCUUUGAAGAACCGCGUCACGCUUUCUGCGCACUUGUGGAAAGCAUCGAGCGCUUUCGACUUUGCCAUGGCGUGGAAUAGCAAGAGUCACUUCGUCAUCAAGGAGCUGGAUUUCACGGAUGUCUUGAGGGGCGCGCAGCCUGAUGACCUUGAUGCAUUUGCUAAUAUGAUGCUCAUUGGACUUCAAGGCAUCGACGAUAUACGGGGCUGGUAUCAUACACGAGGCGGGGCUCUCACGUAG